CAAUUCCCAGCAUCCUUCACUUACAAGCUAGAACAGGAAGAGCUACGAAGUAAACAGAACGAGAUCGCUUCCGGAUUGACAAGGAUAUCUGUGCUCUGCCCGAUAAGGUAUGAAAUGCUUGGGUCCAAGACAUGUACUAUACAGAACCAAAAGUACAAGGCGGAGCAAUGAGCUGUACAAUAGAAAGAGUGCUGGCAGAUGCAAAAGCUCUUGUGGAGAAGUUAAGAGACCACGACAAUGCUGCUGAGGUGCUAAUUGAACAGACAACUUUCCUUAACAAACGUGUUGAAGCUAUUAAGCAGUACCAGGAGGAGAUCCAGGAGCUGAACGAGGUGGCGAGGCACAGGCCCCGCUCCACCCUGGUCAUGGGAAUCCAACAGGAGAACAGGCAGAUCAGAGAACUGCAGCAGGAAAACAAAGAGCUCCGGACAUCUCUUGAGGAGCACCAAUCAGCCCUUGAACUCAUUAUGAGUAAAUACAGAGAGCAGGUGUUCAGAUUGCUAAUGGCUAGCAAGAAAGAUGACCCUAUCAUAAUUACAAAACUGGAGGAACAGCAUUCCAGUGAAAUUCAAGCCCACAUAGACAAGAUCAACGAAAUGGCAACUGUAAUGAAAAAAGCCAUCGAGCUUGAUGAAGACCAGGUUUAUGAAGAAGAAGAGCGCAUUAAACAACUAGAACUUGAAAACAAUGGACUGAGAGAACUACUUCAUAUUAGCCGAGAAGCUUUCUUAACCCUGAGGAAAGAAGACACACCAGAAAGCACUUCUCUAUCAGGAUUAGUAAGAAGUGCUGACCUGAGCUUGAGGAAAAGCUGAAAAAUCUCUUGGAAACAAUACACUCUCAUCUCAUAGUUUGUUAAACGCAUGACGGCCAGACUGGGAUAACCCAAAUCACUCAACACGGUCACAGGGAACAAGCAGAUUUGUAUGAAUUUCAGGGUUUCUGUUUUUUACAUUUUGAUUUUAUGUGUGGUUGAGAAAGCUUUGGUAAAUCUGUCUAGCUGUUCUGUUCUGUUUUGUUUUUUCUUCUUCUUUCAAAUUCCUCAUGUUUUUUUUAAAAACUGUGCAUGGAAGACUGUUCUUCCGGUUACAGAACAUUUUUGCAACAAAGUGAGUGUUGUUCAUGGGCACAUGAUUACGAGUACGAGUGGGUUAAAAUGUGAAAUAUUGUAGUUAGAGAAUGAGUGUACUGUGUUGGACAGUGUUAGGCAGUUCAUCCAGGUUUUGUGUCUGUCCCACACAAGAGGAACAUAUAUAUUUAUUUAAUUAAAAUGCUAAAAACAAACCUGAAUUAAAGCACUGCUCCAAAAACAAGAUAGGUGGUAAACAUUUGUAUACUGAAGGUAGAAAAACGAUUAACCAUUUUUCAGAUGUAUGAUAUACCCACACAACACAGGUAAGGAAAUCUUAAUAAGGAAAACUACUUUUUAAUAGGAAUACGUGUGAGUUAAAGCAGUUCAAAUACUGCCUGUGGUCAGUUGUAUUGACCAUAAUGAAUUGAUGAGCAUUUUACUGAAAGGUGUGUCUCAGGUUUGUUACUGGAAGUAACUCCAUGUGGGAUAAAAUAGUGCAAAUUUGGACAGUACCCAGCCUUUGUGAUGCAGUCUUACCCAGUUAACACCCUCUCAGGGUGAUUUUUGAUGACAAGCACAUACUUUUGUUUCUGCUGAUACGUUGAGGAAGCUCAAUAAUCAGAUUUAGGAAUUAUUCAAAUAACUGCACUUAAAACAGAAGUUGGACAGAAUUAUAAGACUAUAAAAUAAACAGCAUGAUAGUUUAAACUUGCAUCUUGAAACAGUAAAUGGAAAUAAACAGUUGAAUUUAUCCUAUAAUUUCCACUUUCACACUAAUUUUGCAAAGAGCAGACAUCGCCAACAUUGCAGCCACACAUCCAGAUAUGCAGUAAUUUUCUAUUUGCUUUGUGUGUGUGUGUGUAUGUGUUAUGGAAUAAAAAAUGUGAUCCCAUUCAAAUAACUGCAGUCCUGCUGGCUCAUACAUUUAGAAUUGGCACCAUACAAGGAAGGAUACAUUUCCAGAUGUUUCUCACAGGUAAUUUGCAGCUGUUUUUAAUAAUGCCCCUCAAUCUACAUCUUUUCGUUGUUUAAUUUUGAGCAUCACAGCUGACCACAUUUAAAACCUGCUGUGUUGCCUGUUGCUCUGUCCAUGGAAAUGCUGUUGUUGAAGAUCACUCAGAUGGCUGAUUCACAGCUGAUAAACCCUAUAUGUCUUUACAUAUUACAUGGUACAUCUUUUUUUUUUCCUGUUGGGACAAUACUGGUAACAAGCUUUUCAAUUAUUUGAUAUUUAGAACAAACACUUUGUUCAUGAAAACCCAUUAAGAAAUAAAUGUUAUUUUCCAGAUUAAAAAUAUAUAUACUUUGUUCAAGUCCAUUUCUAAAUGUAAUUAUAACAUCUGAACUUGCUUGAUGAAGAAAACUCAUGUUGUAUAUCAACACUGGAUAUUUAUAUUUUGUGAAUACAGAAGUUAUGAAUUGAAA